CCGGCCUCCGUCGGCGUCGGCAGCUAGUCGUUUUAAGUAUUCGUCCUUUGCGGCUUCGUAAGAAGCUUUCAGAAUCUUAUCAUCUUCCUUCCUUCAGAUGUCCACUGCGCUCAGAACUAAGCCUCGGUUACUUUCUACAGCUCAUCUCUUUCGAAACAUACGCACCUUUUCCUUUAUUGAUGAUAGUGGAGGGCGUUCUAGUAACCCCCCGGAACCCAUUCCUAACAGACCUUUGAGAAGGCAAUCUCAUCCACCCUCAAACUCUCGUUCCCCAAAGUUUAACCCUAUCCGCGAAAAUGAAAACCGAAGUUCAAUUAAAGGCGAGACUGAUUCUGAUUUUUUGGAAAGGUUCAAGCUCAGUUUUGAGAGUAAACAGGAGCACUCUAUCCCCAAAUCUGAGAUGGUGAAUAGAACUGAUCUGGACGAGAAAUCGGAAACUGCUGAAACAGCAUCUGCUCCAGAGGAAGCAGAUGAGAUAUUUAAGAAGAUGAAGGAGACAGGGUUGAUCCCAAAUGCGGUGGCCAUGCUUGACGGGCUGUGUAAAGAUGGGCUGGUGCAGGAGGCAAUGAAGCUGUUUGGAAUAAUGCGGGAGAAGGGUACAAUUCCCGAGGUCAUCGUGUACACCGCAGUAGUGGAAGGCUUUUGCAAGGCUUGCAAGUUUGACGAUGCAGUAAGAAUUUUUAAGAAAAUGCAGAGCAAUGAAGUGGUCCCUAAUGUGUUCAGCUACCAGGUUUUGAUUCGAGGGUUGUACAGUAGGAAGAGGUUGGAUGACGCCCACAGGUUCAUGCUUGAAGCAUUGGAAGCUGGGCAUUCCCCAAAUUUGGAAACUUUCACGGGAUUAGUUGAUGCGUAUUGCAGGGAGAAGGGCCUGGAAGAGGCAAAGAAUGUCAUCAGUUCGAUGAGGGAGAGAGGUUUUGCUUUUGAAGAGAAACCUAUCCGGGAAUACUUGGAUAAGAAAGGGCCUUUCUUGCCAUUGGUUUGGGAGGCGAUCCUGGGGAAGAAGGCCUCAAAGAUGUCCAUGUUCUGACAGGAACUUCGAUGACAUAAAUGUGGCACAUAGUUCAGGUCUGCAUGGAAAAUGGGGCAAUGAGGGUUCGGCACUAGACAUCUUCGAGACAGAAAAGAUUUCUCUUAUUGGAGAUCACUUCUAACCAACUUCUAGAGGUAUCCAAUUUCUUUCUUUCCUCUCUCGAAUCAAGUUGAUAGCCAAAGAAUCAUAAAAAAAAAAAAAAAAAAAAAAAAAAAAAAAAAAAAAAAAAUCCUUUUUAAAGACUAUGAGCAAAAUUUUGGAUAGUUAAAUUUUCGUAAGUUAAUUUACAUUGUACACUAUUAGUUGUUGUGUCUAUGACCUUUUUAGCAUCAGUGAAUGCGUGCGCGCGUGAAUCGAUAUGAUUUAGGUUACAUGUUAAUCUAAUUAGUGAAAUAAUUAUUUGAAUAAUUGUCUUGAAUGAUGAAAGAAUUGCAAAAACUUACCUGUACUUGUUGUACAUGUUUACCACAUAGACCCGACCACUGCCGAUUAGAUAUAAGACUAUUUUCACAGAGACUUCAAUUACAAGAUCAAAAUGAUAAAGAGUGCCAUGUACGAGACUAUAAAAACAUUUAUCCCUAAAAUCAAUAGCAGCGCAAGGAGCACUAUUUUAUACUUGUAAAAUUUUAAAGUCCCUGGUCUUAUAAUUUGUUUAGUUCUUUGUCUAGGGAUAGAACACGCCUGAUAGGUUGAUAACUUUGUGGUUGUCACUUUAAUGAACUUUGAAGAAGUUGUGUUCGAGGAACAUGACCUGCCGAUGUUUGCAUUGCUUGGUUUUAUGUGUUAAUGUCAUGAAGAGUUUCGAGUCGAUAGUUUCAUUUGCUUUGUUUAAUUUAUGGACGAAUUUUCCAUCACCAUCUAUGAUGCUAGAAACAUUAC